AUGGAUCCCCCUCGAACCUCCGAAAAGCAGGACAGUCCGUCUGACCUAAAAGACGUCGAAGCAUCGACUGGCGAAGCAACCCCUAUUGGAGUUGCCAGACAACUCAAAUCCCGUCAUAUCCAGUUCAUCGCCCUCGGUGGCACAAUCGGCACCGGUCUCUUCCUCGGUAUCGGCAGCGCCCUCACACGCGCUGGCCCCUUGUCUAUCUUCCUCGGAUACUCCAUCACUGGGGUCGCGAUAUGGAUGCUCAUGCAGGUUCUUGCGGAGAUGGCUGUCUGGAUCUCCCUACCCGGUGCCAUUCCUCAAUUUUGUGCUCGCUUUGUUGAUCCAGCGUUAGGUUUUGCUGUUGGUUGGAACAACUGGUAUUUCUGUGCCAUAGCUGUUCCCGUCGAAAUCUCCGCCGCUGCAAUUCUCGUAGGUUACUGGACUGAAUCCGUCAACGUCGCCGUCUGGAUCUCGAUCUUCAUAAUCCUCAUCGUCUUCCUGAAUGUCUUUGGUGUCGGGGUCUACGGAGAAGCCGAGUUCAUCUUUGCGUCUGUCAAGAUCAUCACAAUGGUUGGCCUCCUCAUCCUGGCCUUCAUCCUGGAUCUCGGCGGCGGUCCCCGUGGCGACCGUCUGGGUUUCACGUACUGGAACAAUCCUGGGGCCAUGAGGGAAUACAUGACUACCGGAGACACCGGCCGAUUCCUGGGCUUCUUCUCGGUUCUUGUCAACGCCGCUUUCUCUUAUGCUGGUGUCGAAAUUGUUGCCGUCGCUUCUGGAGAAUCUCAGAAUCCCAAGCGCAACCUUCCCAAGGCUGCUCGACGCAUCUUCUGGCGCAUUCUCUUCUUCUACUCGCUGGGUUCUCUGGCCAUUGGCGUCCUUGUUCCCUACAAUGAUCCAGAUCUGCUUUCCCAGCAAGCUGCUGGAGUUCACACAGCUGCCGCAUCGCCUUGGGUGAUCGCCAUUAAGCGGGCCGGCAUCCCCGUCCUCCCGUCCAUCAUUAACGCCGUGAUCCUCUCGUCGGCUUUGUCCUCUGGUAACGCAUUCCUCUACACUGGCUCACGAUAUCUCCUUGCUCUCGCAUCCAAUGGACAUGCCCCCAAGUUCCUACUCAAGACCACCGACUCGGGAAACCCCAUCUACUGUGUCGCUGCCACGGCCAUCUUUAGCCUCCUCACGUACCUUUCCGUCUCCAGCGGGCCGAAUCAGAUCUUCCUGUGGUUCCAAAGCCUUACUACAAUGUGCACACUCAUCACAUGGUCUUCGAUUUGCGUCGCCUAUCUCCAUUUCUACGGCGGCUUGAAAGCAAACAACAUCUCGCGAGAGACUCUCGUCCAUCGAGCCCCUUUCCAACCAUACGGAGCUAUUAUUGCGCUAGUCUUUUUCCUCAUCAUCAUCUUCUUCAACGGCUUUGCAGUAUUCUUUCCCGGAAACUGGAACGUCUACAACUUUGUCACCGCGUACAUCGGAAUCCCCAUUUUUGUCGUGCUCUUCAUCGGAUGGAAGGUUAUCCGCCACACGAAAUGGCUGUCACCCCAGGAGCGGGAUCUUUUUACUGGAAAGGCGGAGAUUGAUGCUCUGGACGAGAUAUGGGAGGAUGACAAGCCCAAGAACAUUUGGCAGAAGAUCUGGAACUGGAUUGCAUAA